GAAUAAAAGAAAGGAGUGACUAAGCCAAAAUUUUUGCGGGAACGGAGUCUGUUUAAGAGUUCAGGUAACUUCCUUCUUACACAGUUGCUAGUAAAGGAUGCAUUCUAAAAGAUUGGCAGUCGUUGAGGUCGCAAAUAAUUUCCUAUCCUGCCGGGCAAAAGAAGACAUCAAAGAAGGUUCCUUCCUGACUGAUCUCUGGGGUAGAGUCAGCGAGAAGGCUACCAGAUACACCGUACAAGUUGGAAAAAACAAGCAUGUGGACCCUGAAGGGAUGAUCAGGUACAUGAAUCAUUCCUGUGACAGCAAAACAAAAUUCAUCUACAAAAAACGCAAAGAUGUCCAUCCAAUCUUGGCUGACGACCAGGAUGUCUUUUGGUACAUGGUGGCUGCUCGUGAUAUCAAGAGAGGCGAGGACAUCACGUUUGACUACAAUGUGACAGAAUAUGAAGUUGCAGAGCGAUUUCGUUGCAACUGUGGGGCUGUAAAAUGUCUCGGUGAGAUAAAAGGCUUUAAGUUUUUGACGCCAGAGCAACAGAAGUUGAGGGAAAAGGAAUUAUCUCCUAUUUUAAGUGAGCUUUGGCGUUAACUUUAAACUUAAAAUUAUUGAUAUCGUGAAGGAAUCGCAAGUGACUAUAUUUCCUCUGUCUUCUUUAUUGCUUGUUUUUUGUAACCAUCGCGCAGAAUGCCUAUUGAUCUCGAGACAUUCAUUUCCACACUGUCUAUCUGAAAUGUUUUUUAGACGUUUCGUAAUCUGUAGAACUCUGAUUAGUCAAAGAAUACGCCCCUUUUUUUUUUUUUCCUCAGGGUACAUUGCUUCUGUCAUUAGCAUGACAAGGUCAUUUUCAAGGUUAAGAGAUAUUCCUUAUCAAACUUCUUCUUCUUGAUUUAUUUGAUUUCUGUCUUCAUCCUCUGCUUCGAGGCAUGGAUAUAUAUCAAUCGUUCUUAAGGGAAUUCGUAGGACUCGUUUCUUACAUGCUAAUUAGACGCAUAAUAUUCUCGUGACCUGUUUAGUCUUGUGGUUCGCAAAAAAUACAACGCAACUAGCAAAAUAUGGGCGUAAUAUAUGUUAAACCAUCGA